GUUGGAUGUCAAAUUUUAUACAAGUUUUUGAAUUGUUAACCUAAUUUUAAUCUUCCAGAAAUUGAAAUUAGACAAAGGCAUUGAAUUUAUAAUUAAAUUCAAUUACAAAGUCAUAAAACACCCAAAUAGAUAAAUGUUCAACGGCUUUCUACAACGUUAUGAACUCAAAAGCUGACGAAAUUAUUGUCAACAUAUUAUGCGAAUUUUGCGAAGUGGUUAUUCAUAAUAUACUCUACCUGAGGCAGCUGUACCCGAAGCAAAUUUUCGCAAAGCGAAAAAAAUAUGGUGUCAUAGUUCAUCGUUCCGUACAUCCCCAACUGAACGAGUACAUUACUGAAAGUUUAAAAGCGGUCAAAUAUCAUGCGAAAGCAUGCUCAUUACGGAAAUUGUUUGUGUGUAUUAUCGGUGCUGAAGCGACGAUCCACGAACGAUUUGUAUUUGACAUUCUCUCAAUACAGAACAACUUUAAUAAGGAUCAAAUUUAUUUAAAAUUGGAGCAAGAUUUGCGUGAUUUUUGUCUUAAAUUGCAAACUGCAUGUUCCUAUUUAGAUCCGGUUCCUGAUAAUGCCGUUUUUAAAAUUAUGCUCCACACUACGGAAUAUUCAAAUAUAUCAUUUAAUAGUAAUUCUGCAUAUGAGGAUUUUCCCUGGUUGCAAGUGAAAGAGCAAGAGUUUAAGAUUUCCGCACCUGAUGUUGUACCUUUACAUACUGUGAAAACAGAUUCUCUUGGUUUACAAAUAUAUAUAGAAAAAAAUUCAUUGUAAAAGUACCUAUUUGCUACCGAUAAUUAUAAGUAAAUUACAAAAAAUGAAAUUAGACUC